CUCUCAGUUUCUCAUUCGCUUCAGUGAGAGAAAGACGGGCGGAUUAUUCUCUCCUCCCCUCCUUCUCCUCCUCUUCCUCCUCCUCCUCCUACUCCUCUUCCUCCCCCUUCCGGAAGAGGGGAAGAAGGGAGGGGAUGGGGGUCCUCUGCUCCCCCCCACUUACACUUAGAAAAAUAAGGAUGGUUCUGUGGAAAAGUGUGAAAGCCCUCAAACUCACUCGGCUGGGGCGUGGACGCAGUGGGCGGUACGGAUUGGCUAUCCUACUGACGGGCGCCCUUAUCUGCCUCAUCCUGCCCGCCCUCACGCCGCACCCACGCCCACUCGAGCCGCGGCGCCCACUUAGGAGGAUACAUCAAGAGGAUAAUGACUACAGCGCCCUCAGAAGCAGUGGAGGGGCAGGCGUGGGCGUGGCUGCGGGCGUUGCUGUGGCUGUGUCAUCUGUGUCGUAUCCUAGCCAGGGUUCGCCAGACACCCGGAGCGCCAAGACACAACUAGUGGAGUCCCAGCAGGUGGUGGCUCUCAAUGCACUGCAGUUUGGGUACAAGUUGACACAGGCACAGAAGAAGCUGCUGCAAGAUUUAACCCCAAAAGCCAGAAGGGAAUUAGAAGAGAGAACUGCAAAGACUCGCAUUGCCCAGGACCGCGUGUACCUUACUCACCUCCGCCACAAGCACCAGAUUGUACCAAGGCGCGGCGGGGGAGAGGAGAUAGUCUCUCUCGCCAACCGCACCAUCAGGUUUCCAGUGCUGCUGAAGAAGGCGCCUUUGGAACUGUGGCCAGAGCAGUACCGGGUGUAUUAUAACCUAACACACUAUCCGUGGGUGAAGAGCAAAGACUGUGAGCGAUUCAGCACCACUUUCACCCCCCCAGGAACCCUCCCCACACGCGGCCUGGCCUCCUUCCCCUCUUCUGGCAACACUUGGGUCAGAUAUUUAAUAGAAGGUGCAACUGGUAUCUUCACUGGUUCCAUGUAUGAUGAUACGUCCCUCAUGAUGAAAGGCAUGUACGGGGAGUGGCUGGUGUACAACUCAGGCAUGACAGUGGUGCAGAAGAGUCACGGAUUCACCACUGGGGAAGCCAUGACACUUGACAGGGACAUUAGGACGGGGCACAACCACCUUCAGGAGUUGGGAUAUCAAGGCGUGGUGGUGAUUCGUAACCCUUUCAAGGCCUUAAUUUCCCAUCGACACCUGGACGUUGGUGGUCACACUGGUUUUGCCCCUAAAGCUCAUUUUCUCGGCCAAGGAUGGGUGGAGUUCGUGACCCUCAAAAUAAGACUUUGGCGUGACUUCUACGAGGACUGGGUGAGGAAAACGCAGCCCAACGACAUCUGUGUGACCCACUACGAACUACUGCGAGAAGACCCCGUUAGAGAGAUGCGGGGGAUACUAAAAUACCUCAAGAUCCCUGAAGACAAGGCUAGGUUAGUUUGUCUCGGGAAAAAUCUUGACGGCCUUUUCAAGCGCAAACCGAGGCGUAAUCUUGAUCUUAAUUUUAAUCCGUUUACAGAUGAAUUGAGAGGUUUGAUAUAUGAUGCUAUAGACGCUCUUGAUGUAGCGCUGAGGGAGAGAGGGAAGGAGGGCCUGCCUGUUGAUAAAUAUGAGAUGUAUGAUAAGACUGAGGCAGACGCGAUGAGGAGAAGGAGCAAAGAUGGUAAUGCUUUUAAGAAGUUUGCGUGAGUGGCUGGCUGGAAAAUUGAAGGAUAUGUGAGUCUGGGCUGGAAUAUUGAGGUUAUGUGAGUGUUUGUGCUGGAAAAUUGAGUUUUUGAGUGUUUGUGCUGGAAAAUUGAGAUUUUGUGAGUGUUUGGGCUGGAAAAUUGAGAUUUUUUUAAGUGGGCUGGAAAAUUGAAGGAUUUUUUUUUGUGUUUGGAUUGAAACACUGAGGUUUUGUGAGUGUUUGGACUGGAAAAUCACCCUUACCCUUCCCUUUGUCGUAACCCUCCUUACCUUUAAGGGAAGGCAGAGGCUACGCAGGAACUGCACUAAUUCUUUACAUAGCAAACACUGCAAGGUCAGGUCCAGGUCAGCGAGAGUUAAGGGCGGGGUUCUCACAGUGAGGUAAGCCACAAACGCAGUUCACAAACGUUAACACUAACUAUUGACAGUAAUGAACACAUUGCAGCGAUACUCGCAGGCAACGAAGGACCAGAACUCCACCACGUGUUAACACAUGGAGUGACCUUUCAGUAAAUCUUGACGUCACUAUUCACUUGACAUAAGCAAGGCUUUAUCGACCAACUCAGCUCAUUCAGCAACACCUAACACAUUAACAAGUAAGGACACACCCAGCAUUAUCACAUCAAACAAUGAUGAAAUGCAACAUUGAAACAUUAGCACUACAUGCGAAGUGCCACAAAGGAUAUGAAAGUCACUCAUCAAGAUUCACCAUUACAUCAACACAAGGACAGUGACGUGCAGUAUGUGGGGGCCACACUGUACUGAAACAACAUUUUAAAUCGAGACACACAAGGCACUUGGGAAGAAUGUUCCAAGUAUUACUCACGCCCAAGACGAGGCACAGAAGGAGUGGCAGCCUCGUGGUGGUGUGGAGUGUGAGGGGAGGGAGCAGCCUGCACACACGUGUAACACUCUCCACUCCUGGAGUGUAGUUAGGUCUGAGAGAAUCGUUCGCUGCUUCGCCUUGUAUUCAUUUUGACGGCGGCAACGUCGACCUACGUACAUUGCUACCCACCACUACAUCACGAGUUGUCCUUAAGGUGCAAAA